UCCAUCAAACGAUGCCAGGCCAGGCCCCCUCCAGUUCUAGCUCCGAGUUCCAAACGCCAGCCGGCCAGCUUUCGGCCACCACCUGCUCCACCGCUGAUGGCCUGCUAUUGAUGCUAUUCUUUGCUCUUCAUGCUGUUCUGUGAGGCGAGGCGGUAGCAUCAUGUAUGAUGUAUGUGUAGGUAUGAUGUAGAGGCUGCAUAUGCCUUGUGUGUCUGCCUGCUAGCCAAUGCCUUUGUGCUCUUGUGCCAGGACAUGAUGCAACUGUCGGCGAUCCAACACGCACACGAACACACAUACACAUCUAGUCUCGACGGCUUCAACGUCCACGUUAACCAACAACACAAUGCCGCUGAAGAACGCACGGCUUUCCGUCAUCCGGCAGAUAGUGUUGACCAGCAGGCUAAGCCAGUUUGGUUCCGCGCAGCACAAGAUUGGCCUGAACCUUUCCACGACAAAUCCCAUGGGCGGGUACGACGACCGCGGAACCUGAACCCAGAUCGACUCGCUGCCAAAGCCCCCAUCUUCCAUCUGCAGAUGCAACCUACGAGUACGCUUCGCCCCCGGCUGCGCCCAAGCAAUCCGCACCAGACAUCGUCACCAUGGGCGUGUGUCGAAUCUCGGACAGACAGACACCAGCGCCAUGCCGCAUCUGGGCGCCAUGUCCACCAAGGAGCCGCAGCCGCACCUGCGAGUAGGUACUAAGCCCAGCCGGGGGGCGUGUGCGAGCGAAGGGAGUGUGUCAAUCCUACCCAAUCCAAUGCAUCUACUAUCUAUCCAUGGAUGCUCUGCUCUUGGUCUGUGAGGCUCUGUAUGCUGUAUGUCUCUCGUCGUCCGGCGUAGCACUUACCUCUACUAACAACGAACUAAUUUGGCGAUGGAUCUUGGUCCGAUCCAUAAGGUACAUAUAACAGGCCUCGAGGUCCCAUCCUCUUGGGGCCUUGGAUCAUCUCUCCAUCUUCCUCCUGACCACAUCAGUAUUUAUUCAACAGCCAGAUUCACCUUGCACUAUUUCCCAUUACUCCCUUUUCUCUCCUCUUCAUCUACU